AUGCGCAAUUAUGACCAUGCUGUUGAUUGGCAGUCCUCGACAUUAGGCGUCUAUGACGACGAUGAAAACGGCAUUGAUCCUGAAGUCAAGAUGGUAGGACCCGACUACGAAUCUGUCGAAGAGUUUUGGAAACAGCAGUGGAUAAGAAGCAGCAGACUUUUGGACCCACCGACCAACUGGCAGCCUGUGCAAUACGAAUGGGAACGUAUCAACCAAGUUUUGAUAUUCACAGCGGACGAACGCAGUCACUUUGAUUGGUGCUCAAACUUUGAGCCAUACGUGCACCCGUCGCACAACCAGGAAGGCGACAGAGGCCUUUCCCUCACCACGAGCAAAGGUCAUGUCUAUCUCCUCGACCAGUUCCGCGAGAAGGUGCCACUACGGAUUCGCAAUCGAUCUAUCGCUAUGAUUUCUGAGUUUGUCGGCACUUUUCUCUUCAUGCUCAUUGGUCUAGGCGGCAACUCUGCUGUCAUCAACGAUGCAGCUGUUGCUGCACAGUAUGGUGGAGGAGAUGCCUCAGCAGAUCCUGCCAAGAUCCUCUUCAUCGCAACGGUAUGGGGCGCCUCUGUCACAGUGAAUGCCUGGAGCUUCUUCCGCAUUAGCGGUGGGCUUUUCAAUCCUGCUGUAACUAUGGCUUUGAUGCUAAUCCGCGCUGUGCCACCGCUGGAUGGUCUUCUCGACAUCUUCUGUCAACUUAUGGGAUCUAUCCUAGCAAGUGCCAUCGCGUAUGGGCUAUUACCGCCGGGUGCGCUGGCAGCUACUGAACUGGGCUCCACGACUACUGUCACGCAAGGCUUGUUCAUUGAGAUGUUCAUUACGGCACAAGUUGUCGUCGCAGUCUUCAUGUUAGCGACGGAGAAACACAAAGCUACGUUCAUCGCUCCAGUAGGCAUCGGACUGACUGUCUUUGCUUGUAUUCUUAUGGCCUCAACCUACACAGGUGCAGCUAUCAACCCGGCUCGAUCCUUCGCCGUCUGCGUGAUACAAGGAAGCUUUCCACAUUAUCAUUGGAUCUAUUGGGUUGGUCCCGGACUGGGUGCUUUGCUGGCAACUGCUUUCUACCACUUGAUUCGCAAGUUAGAGUAUUGGACGGUAAACCCCGAUGUCGACGACUACGAGACGAAGGUUGGAGAGACUAUUCGAGACGUCGCAAGCAGAGUUGCAGAUAUUUCGAACAAUCCUGGCGCAAGUUCAAACAAUGAUUCGUGA